CCGAAUAGAGAAAAAAAAAAAUACCAACUACAACGGCCGAACACUGACUUCAGCAAAAAAGCAACUACACACUGUUUCAAUUCGUCUCACAGUUUAGUUAUAAACUUCGUUUAAAUAAAAACGGUCGACAGACGAACGCCGUGUGCUUAUUGUAAUAUCGUACGCGCACAAAAUACUUUUAAAUUGAAUUCAUUCUAUCUUUUUUUUUUCUGUGUUGUUCCUGUCAGCGCAUUUUCUUAUCGAAUUCGAUACUAUUUUGAACGCAGAAUUAAAAAAAAAGUCCACGUAUUCAAUUGAAUCAACAUUAAUAGUAAUGACAUCGAUACAAAUUUAAAAUCCCCAACAUUUAGUAAAACCCAAAAUAAAUAAAAUUUGACGAUUUAAAAAGUUGGCUGACAGCAUGAAAACUGGAGUCCCACGGACGAUUCGAUGAUAUUCAUUUUUCCAUCGCUUAAACGAGAGAAAUUCUGCGUGACUAUUUUUUUUUUCUGUUGAUUGACGUGUUUUCAAUCUGAAUUUUUUUAAAAGCAAUUCGAUGAACGUUACAAAAUUAGUUAAAUUUGGCUAUAACUGCAUCAUAUACUUUAAAAUAAUUUGUUGACGUGCUUUUUUACAAUGAAAAAAGUGAGAUUUUUUGAUAUCGAAUUAAAUUAAAGUUCUUUGUUCUGUUCGUCGUAAUUUAUUUGCUUGAACUUAUCGAUUUUCGAAUAUAAAAAGAAGCAGUAAAUCGAAAAGUGUUAAAUAUUCAUUUGGUUAGAACGAUUCGUGUUGCUUUGACGACUCACACGAAGGUGCUAUACACGGUAUUCAUCGUUGGAGUGAUUGAACUUUGAGUAACGACCAAAACAAGCGAUUACUCAUCUCACAAUGGACUUGAAAUUGCAGCCACAAAACAUAAAGUUCCAAAAUGUCUCGUACACUGUUACAAGAGUAAAAGCCAAGAAAACCAUUUUGAAAGGUGUUUCUGGUGAAUUUAAAUCGGGAGAGCUCACAGCAAUUAUGGGGCCUUCAGGAGCUGGAAAAUCUACACUUCUCAAUAUUUUGACCGGUUUUAUACAAAAUGGUGUCGGUGGAUCAAUUCAUAUGAACGAUGUUAAAUUGGGCAGUCAAAAGUAUGCGAAAAAAUGUAGCUACAUUUUACAAGAUGAUAAUUUAUAUCCCAAUUUUACGGUUCACGAGACAAUGAUAUUAGCGGCCAAUUUAAAAAUUGCCGAUAUGUCGGUCGAUGAAAAGAAUUUGAUUAUAGAUAAUGUAUUGAAUACACUACAGUUGAUUCGAUCAAAGUACACAAAAUGUGGCAGUUUAAGUGGUGGUCAACGGAAGAGGCUUAGCAUUGCUUUAGAAUUGCUGGAUAAUCGACAAGUACUUUUCUUAGAUGAACCCACCAGUGGUUUGGAUAGUUCAUCAUCAGCGUACUGCGUUCAAUUGCUACACAAUUUAUCACGAGAAGGUCGUACGAUAAUUUGUACAAUUCACCAGCCAUCGGCUGCCAUUUAUGAGAUGUUCGAUCAAGUGUACGUUUUGGCUCAAGGUCAAUGCGUGUAUCGUGGUGCGGCCCAAAACACGUUAGCCUAUCUCUCUGAAAAUGGUUUACAAUGUCCAAUGUACCACAGUUUAGCUGAUUUCUUGAUUGAAGUGGCCAAUGGUGAUUAUGGUGAAUUUGUGCCGCAAUUAGCGAUAUCAGCGAACCGAUCGAUGUGUUAUCAAAUUGAAAAAACAGACUAUGAUGCUGAUGACCAAGAUACGCCGGUCAUCAAAGUCGAUACACUUGGCUGUGCCGAUAUGCCAUUGCUGAAGAAACAAUAUUCAAUGGAUGGCAAGGAAGUAAUCAAACCACCAUCGGAAUGGUCAAAAUUUUGGACGCUUGUUGGACGCAGUCAAGUUUAUUACUACCGUGAUUGGACGGUUACCCACCUGAAAUUAGUACUUCAUAUUUUAUGUGCUACACUUAUCGGACUUUUGUAUGGUGACUCCGGUUCAAAUGCCAGCAAAUCCAUUGAGAACGUUGGUUUUCUUUUGAUUGGCGUCGCAUAUCUAUGGUAUACAACCGUUAUGCCGGGCGUUUUGAAAUUUCCCACGGAAUUGGAAAUUGUGCGGAAGGAAACAUUCAACAAUUGGUACAAAGUUCGAACAUAUUUUCUCGCUAAUACACUCACCACCACGCCAAUUCAUAUUGUGUUUGCCACCAUCUACUCCACCAUCAUAUUUUAUUUGACAGAUCAACCAUGGGAAUUGAACCGAUAUACACGAUUUACGCUGGUCUACGUACUACUUACAAUUGUUGCUGAUGCUCUGGGCUUAUUGUUGGGUGCGAUUGCCAAUCCAAUUAAUGGUACAUUUUGGGCGGCAAUUAUCACAGCGUUUAAAUUGGCAUUUUGUGGAUUUUUGGCACUAUGGUCCCAUAUGAUUCCAGCGAUGAAAGUAUUCACGUAUGUGUCAACACAUGCCUAUGGCUUAGAAGCGCUUGUUUUGUCAGUGUACGAUCAUAACCGUGAAGAUAUUUCCUGCCCCGAAGACAUACUGUAUUGUCAUUACAAAAAUCCAAAAAUGAUAAUACGUGAGCUCGGAAUGAAUGCAUCCAACUACGAGAUGGACGUAUCAAUGAUAUUCGUGCAUUUGGUUCUAUUCAAGGUUUUGGCAUAUUUCAUGCUAAAACGACGAUUGAAGAACAUUUAAAUUGUGAUGCUAUCAUUUACCAAUAGAUUUAAGCGUAUUUAAAAUCAAAAUUCAUCAGAGUCGCAAAGCAUUUGAAUGUGUGUCACUCGUCGCAGUCUAUUAGUUACCAUUCAUCAAAAAUCAAAUCAAUGAAUUUAAUUUAAAUACCGACCCGUUCAAUAGUGAUAUUAUUAUUAUUGUUGAUAAUAAUAAUCGGUGUCCAGUUUUAAUGUUAUAAGCAUAGCUAGUUUUUGGCGAGACAUAUUUUUUCACACCGCAUGACAAAUUGUUAAAAAUUUCUAACUAUAAAUAAAGCAUAGAUUUAGCAUGGUAUUAUGUCAAGGUGAAUUAGAAUUAAAGUAAUUGUAAAUAUUUGACAGAGACAUGAAAGGACAGGACGAAAAAACAACAAAUAAAGAUCAGUUUUGAUUUUACGA